AUGUUUAUCCGCCCCUCUACUGUUCUCGUUGUCCUCCUCGGCCUGACGGCCCUUGUGAGCGCUGGUCCAGCACCAGUGGCUGUGAGGUCUUCUAGCAUCGAUGACAUUGACAAGCGCGGGGCACCCCCUGCUGCUAGGAGUAAUGUCGUCGUGAGCUUCACGUCGCCUUCAAUCAGAACCUCACUCCCACAUCACCCAUAAAUGCCAAAGAUAUCAUAAAUAGUUUUGCCGAUUGCUGUUCAAUUUCUUGACAUGUUGUAAUUCCUAGUGAAUAACAACUACUAUUUGUGUUCCUU